CUCAGAGGUCACAGAGGUGUCCUUGGCCUGAGGGCAUCAGGCUUCAGCAUGUGUGGAUGGGGCAGAGGGGAGAAGCACCUGACCUGGGUGGAGAGCAGGGGCAGAGUCCUGCAGCCUCAGGCUACAGCUCCCCACCCAGCCACACGCCAAAGGCAGGGCUCAGGGUCAGAGCUUGGUGGGACACCAGAGGGAGGGCCCAGCAGUGCUUUGAGCCCAGCAGGCAGAGAUAAGGCUGAGGGGUUCAAAGGCCAGGAAGCUGGCCCGGAGGGGCAGGGCUGGGAACCCUCCCUGGGCCUGGAGCUCAGGACCGGCCCUGACCUCCUGACCCAGGUGCUCCCAACCAGAGAGCGGCCAGGCCAAGGUCCCCGGCUCCCCCUCCUGUUUGUGCUGGGGCUCUGGCUGGUUCCUGGAGACUUGGGCGGGGGAGCAUGACUCAGCAGGCAGCAUUUGCCCGGGAGACCCCAGCCCAGCACCUAGGGAGAGGCUUCCCCACGCCCAUCCUAACAGGGGCUCCUGAGGGCACAGGGGCUUCCUAGGCCACCAGCGCUGGGGGCAGUAGGAAGGGGGUGAAGCAAGGGGCCUGGGGCCGCGUGUGAUCGCGUGGCAUCUACCACCUCCGUCCCAGGACCCCAGCUUGGGGCCAGCCGCCUGGGUCCCAAGGCAACUCCCUCGGGGAGCAGAGGGGUGGCCCCACCAGCUGCCUCUGGGGGUGGCAGGUGGGGGAGCAGGUGCCAAGGCCACCCACCUGCAGGGAAGAGACCCGGUCUCACCAGACACAUCUGAGGCUCCACGGCAGCCCCAGGGAGGACCUGCUACUGGAAUGGCUAAUCCGGCGCCUCCAGCAGCCAAUCACAGAGCCCUGCAGCCAAUACCUGGGAGAGGUCUCCCAUGGCCCAGCCCCAGCCUGGCCCCAGGCAGCCCCAGUGACCCAGACACCCACAGCCUCCAGAAGGCGCUGAGCAGCAGGCCGACGAUGGCGGUCCCGGCGUCCCCGGCCUGCCUCCGGCCGGGGCUGCUCCUGGCCCUGCUGGUGGCGGUGGCCUCGGCGGCCCAGCACCCCCGUCUGCUGAACCUACUCACCUCCAGCCAGGGCGCUCUGGACCGGGAGGCGCUGGGCGGCUUGUUAAAUACGCUAGCGGCCCGUGUGCACUGCGGCGGGCCGUGUGGAAAGUGCCCGUCUGUGGAGGAUGCCCUGGCCCUGGGCGAGCCCGAGGCACCGGGGCGGGCCCUGGAGUCCCGGCACAUCGCCCGCCUCAGCGCAGCAGCCGCCCUCUUCCUGAGCAACCCAGAGGGCACCUGUGCCGACAUCCGGGCUGGCCGCUGGGCCGCCCGCGCCGAUGGACUCCUGGCCCAGCUCGAGGGCCCCGGGGCCCUGACCGCGGGCCUGAGCCGGCUGCUGCGGAGGAUCGAGGACCCCAUUGACCGCCAGGCCACUGGGGAGGAGGCCUGCACGGGUGUCCCUCAGCUGCUGGAGGAGGCGGUAGGGGCAGGGGCCCCCGGCAGCCCUGGCGCGGCCCUGGCCGCCCUGCUGGACCACGCCAGGAGCGGGUCCUGCUUCCGCGCCAUGCCGGACCCCCAGUACUUCGUGGAGUUUGUGUUCCAGCACCACAGUGGCGAGGCGCCCAACCUCACCCUGGCCGAGCUGGAGACGCUGAUGCACACGCUGGGGCUGGGUGCUGAGGCCCACAGUGACCACAGGAGUCUGGGCAGGGCGGCCGGCCCCCAGGAGCCUGGUGCCCUCAACAGCAGCUCCCACGAGUGGGACGUGGUGUGCCUGAGUGCCAGGGACGUGAUGGCCGUGUACGGGCUGUCGGAGCAGGAAGGGGUGAGCCCGGAGGGCUGGGCCCAGCUGAGCCCUGCCCUGCUCCAGCAGCAGCUGAGCGGGGCCUGCAGCCCCCAGCCCACCACCUCCACCAAGGACCAGCUCAGCCAGAGCGAGCAGUACCUGUACGGCUCCCUGGCCACCCUGAUCAUCUGCCUGUGCGCGGUCUUCGGCCUCCUGCUGCUGAGCUGCACCCACUGCAGCGUGGCCACCCACUACGUGCUGCAGACCUUCCUGAGCUUGGCCGUGGGCGCGCUCACCGGCGACGCCCUCCUGCACCUGACGCCCAAGGUGCUGGGCCUGCACACGCACGGCGAGGGGGACCACGCUCACGGCCACACGGACAGCGGGGAUGGUGUCGGCUCGGAGCCCACCUGGCGCCUCCUGGCUGUGCUCGGCGGCCUCUACGCCUUCUUCCUGUUCGAGAAUCUCUUCAACCUCUUGCUGCCCAGGGACCCCGAGGACCCGGAAAAGGAUGCACCCUGCAGCCAUGGCCACGGCGGCCACAGCCACGGCGUGUCCCUGCAGCUGGCCCCCAACCAGCUCCGGCAGCCCAAGCAGCCCCAUGAGGGUUCCCGCGCCGACCUGGUAGUGGAGGACAGCCCGGAACUGCUGAACACGGAGCCACGGAGGCCGAAUCCAGGGCUCAGGCUGCUGCCCUAUCUGAUCACGCUGGGCGACGCAGUGCACAACUUUGCCGACGGGCUGGCCGUAGGCGCCGCCUUCGCAUCCUCCUGGAAGACGGGGCUGGCCACCUCGCUGGCCGUGUUCUGCCACGAGCUGCCCCACGAGCUGGGGGACUUCGCGGCCUUGCUGCACUCCGGGCUGUCCGUGCGCCGCGCGCUGCUGCUGAACCUGGCCUCGGCCGUCACGGCCUUCGUGGGACUCUACGUGGCGCUCGCGGUGGGAGUCGGCGAGGAGAGCGAGGCCUGGAUCCUGGCGGUGGCCACCGGCCUCUUCCUCUACGUGGCGCUCUGUGACAUGCUCCCGGCCAUGCUGAACGUCAGGGACAAGAGGCCCUGGCUCCUCUUCCUGCUGCACAACGUGGGCCUGCUGGGCGGCUGGACCGUCCUGCUGCUGCUCUCGCUGUACGAGGACCACAUAACCCUCUGAGACCCCCGCCCGGUCUCCGGCGCGGCCCGGCCCUGUGUCCCUGCCCCGUCUCGUCCCUGGCCCUGCCCCCUGCCCGGUCUCCGGCGCGGCCCAGCCCUGUGUCCCUGCCCCGUCUCCAGUCCCUGGCCCUGCCCCCUGCCCGGUCUCAGGCCGCGGCCCUGCGCUGUGUCCCUGCCCCGUCUCGUCCCUGGCCCUGCCCCCUGCCCGGUCUCAGGCCGCGGCCCUGCGCUGUGUCCAUGCCCCGUCUCCAGUCCCUGGCCCUGCCCCCCCGCCCGGUCUCUGGCCCCAGCCCUGCCUUACUGCCUUGUGCCGGUUUGGUCUCUGGCACCCUGGCAACUUUGAGCCCCGGGCGGCUGAAAAGUCCCUGGCCUGCAAGCGCCCCCCCCCCCCCCCCCCCCCCGCUGUGCCCCAGCCCCAGCCUCAAUAAAGAAACUCUGCUUUGGA